ACAUAUUGUUAGCAGAGAAGAUUAUCGAAGCAACGAUGGGCUUGUGUCAGUCCGCUGAGGACAAGCAACUGGCUCAAAAGAGUAAAGCUAUCGACAAAGAGAUGAUGCAAGGUCAUAUAGCAUCGCAAAAAGUCGUCAAACUGCUUUUACUGGGUGCUGGAGAAUGCGGAAAGAGCACAGUUUUGAAGCAAAUGAGGAUUCUUCACGACCAUGGCUUUUCACAGGAGGAGGCCGAUCAACAAAAAGGCGUUGUUUACAAUAAUACAGUACAAGCAAUGGCACAGAUUCUUCGAGCAAUGAAUAGCCUGAAAAUUACACUGGAAGAUCCAUCAAAGGAGGCAGAUGCCCGCGUUGUCUUAGACACAAUCAAGGCUGGUCAGGAGUCCGAGCCAUUCACUCCGGAGCUUACUCAAGCUCUAAAAAAUCUCUGGGCUGACCCAGCGAUUUCAGUCACUGCAAUCAAUCGUGGCAAUGAAUAUCAGUUGACAGAGAGUGCUCCACACUUUUUGAGCUCAAUAGAUCGUAUAGCUGCCAAAGACUACAAACCUACAGAACAUGAUAUAUUGCUUUCACGAAUCAAGACUACCGGAAUCGUUGAAGUAAAAUUUCAAAUGAAAAACGUCGAUUUUCGGGUAUUCGACGUCGGUGGUCAACGAUCAGAACGAAAGAAAUGGAUUCAUUGUUUUGAAGAUGUUAAUGCAAUCAUAUUCAUAGCGGCCAUAUCGGAAUACGACCAAGUGCUUUUCGAAGAUGAGACCACGAAUAGAAUGGUUGAAUCAAUGCGGUUAUUCGAAUCCAUCUGCAAUAGCCGAUGGUUUAUCAACACUUCAAUGAUCCUCUUCUUGAAUAAAAAAGAUUUGUUUGCCGAAAAAAUUCAGCGAACGAAUAUUACUGUCGCUUUCCCCGACUAUAAAGGUGCCCAAAACUACGACGAGGCGACUGCCUUUAUUGAAGAAAAAUUCGAAGCACUGAAUGCUAAUCCCGAAAAAACAAUCUAUAUGCACCAAACAUGCGCCACUGAUACAAAUCAAGUGCAAAUGAUUCUUGACUCUGUCAUCGAUAUGAUCAUCCAAGCAAACCUCCAAGGUUGUGGUUUGUACUGAAUUAGAUGCUUGACUUUCUAUGCCCGUGAUAUUCGUGUAUGUUCCGUUGAAUUGGAAACGGAGUUCAAACAUAAUCUUGUUGCCUUUCGAGUGUUGUGUUCGCAUCUGAAUCAACUCUCUUUAUUGUCCUCGUUUGUACAAUGACAGAA